AUUUGCUGUUUCAGUUGGACGUUGUACUAGAGGUCUUUUUAUGAGAUUAUUAUUCUUGGAAAAAGAUUUAUCUGAUCAACUUGGUGUUGAUGCAUUUGUCCUAAUUGACACUGAAGGUCUUGGUGCACCAGAAAAGAUGAAUGAUCCAGAAUCAGAAAAGAAGGAUCGAAUAUUAGCAACUUUUGCAAUGGGCGUGAGCAAUUUAACAAUUCUCAAUGUACUUGGAGAAUCAAUGCGGGACUUGACUGAGAUUUUGCAAAUAGCAAUUGUAACAAUGGCACGCCUUGAAGAAGCUGGAAUAGCUCCUGAUAUUAUGAUGGUACAGCAUGUUUCUGAACGAAAUGCUGCAAGACUGUCUGAGCCAGAAGAAAAAUUUCGGGCAGCUCUUCAAGAAGCUUUGAAAAUAGCUAAAGAACAAGACAUUGAGAUGGGGAUAUUUAAUAUAGACUGUCUUCAAAUUCUUGAUGAGAGAAUAAAAAAAGGCCAGCUUCUUAAACAAUUCCGACCAUUUAAAAAUGGUGCAACUGCCUAUGCUCCACCAUCAGUGCAAUACCAUGAAGAUGUUGUUAAUUUAUACAAUUCUAUAAUCAAUGAUUGUAAGAAUUCACAAAGUAAAAUGGAAUUUUCAAAGUGGCAUUCACUAAUUCAAGAUUAUUGGAAUGCAGUUUCUCAUGAGGACUUUGCU